AUGAGAGUUGAAUGCUGGAGAAACACUCUACUGCUGCUGGCUGUCCUGGUCCUGGCAGCCAAAUUGGGUGACUUUCAAAGGUGGGGAGGCUUCCAGGAGAAAUCCAUGAGCAAGAAAAAUAUGAAUUCAACCCUCAAAUUCUUCAUUGAAAACUACAACAAUGUCAGCAAUGACAACUACCUAUUUCGAAUAGAUAAGCUACUUCAAAGUCAUAUGCAGCUGACAACAGGAGUGGAGUAUCUGGUCACUGUGAAGAUUAGCCGGACCAAGUGCAAGAAGAACAGCACAAAAAGUCGUUUGUGCCCCAUUCAAAGCACAAAGAAUUUGAAAAAGAGUUUUGUUUGCAAUUUUUUGAUGUACACUGUGCCCUGGAUGAACUAUUACCAACUUUGGAACAAUUCUUGUCUGGAGGCCUAA